AUGGUGUUCAGACCAACCGUGUUCCCCCUGCGGACUCCAUGCACGCCCUUGUGCCCUCGUGCCGUCUUGCCCUCUUGCUCAUCCCCGUUUCCACCUAACCCACCGGCCGCCCCACUCUGCUCCAAUCCAGUGCCACCUUCUUCCUCCCUUCCUCCCCCGGUUCCCCCUCGAACCUGUGACGAAUCUUUGGAAGGUACUAAAGACCGGCGGUUCCACCUCCCCCCAUUCUCUCCCCUGUGCACAAUGGACGCAUGCUUCAACUUCUCCCACUGCCCCUCCCCACCCGCCCACGAGCCCCUCGUGUACUCCUACUGGCCCUGCACCAAGUACUUGGCGCGAUUCAGCGCCACCAGGGCGGCGCUCAUGCUCGCACCGCACCUCACAGUGCACCGCGCCGCCAUCGACGUCUCCCUGCCGCUGCCGCCCACAUGGAAGCGCCACGCGGCCAGCCUGCGCCCGCUGCCGGUGGGGAAGAGGCGGUACCUGCUGGCGUUCAUGGGCGCGCAGUACCUGCUGGCGUUCAUGGGCGCGCAGUACCUGCUGGCGUUCAUGGGCGCGCGGUACCUGGGCACCAUGCGUGGCAGCUUCCACAGGUCCAAGGCGUUCAAGGGGGUGCAUAACAAGAAGGACAUCAUCGUUGUGCUGACAGCUGGCGCGAUACCAGUGGUGGUGGCGGACACCAGGAAGCUGCCAUUUGACGACAUCAUCCCAUGGCACCGCUGCCUACUCGUCUUCCCCACCUCCCUGCUCUCCCGCAUCGAACCCACCCUGCGCGCCAUCACCCCGCAUCACCCUUCCUCUUCCCUGUUUCCCCAUGCCCUGCAACCCCCGGUUUCCCCCCCACCUCUGCGUUUCUCUCUGAUUUCACAUGCCUUGUGCUGCCAUGAGUGA